AUGGUGAAGCGCAGAGCGCUGUGGAGCUGUUGCCUCGAGCUCUUGUCGCUGCCCUCAGCAGCUUGCAGGUGGGCAGCUCAAAAGGAACCGCAGCUGCAGUUCAGCGGCAGCACUCGGAGAGAGCAGCAGCAGUGGGAGCAGCACCAGAAGCGCCCAGAACCAGGAAGAAAACGGAAUAACAGCCCAGUCAUGGACGAGGAGGAAGAAGAGACGGCCCAGGAGCUGUGCCCGGAGAGUUCUUCACCGAAAGAUAUUGAUGACGAGCAUCCUUUGUCUGCUUGCAAUAAUAAUUCUAAAGAAGAAGUAAGAAAACGUCAAAAUUCAAGUCAGGGUUCUCGAGGUAGUGAUUCCUCCCGGACAUCCAGGAAAAGCUUCAGAUUAGAUUAUAGGUUGGAGGAAGAUGUAACAAAAUCUAAGAGAGGUAAAGAUGGGAGGUUUGUCAACCCUUGGCCAACAUGGAAAUCAAUAUCUGUGUCAGGUUUUUUAAAGUGGACUCUUACGGAAAAGGACAACAGCAAGGUCCCAUCUUCAAAGCAGGAACUUGACAGAGUUCUUCCAGUGUUAAAACCUUAUUUUGUCGAUAACCUUGAACUUGUCGGAAAAACUGGAGCUGGUAUGAGAGUAACAUGGCUUGGACAUGCAUCGGUAAUGGUGGAAAUGGAUGAACUUACAUUUCUUACUGACCCUAUCUUCAGCCAGCGGGCUUCUCCAGUACAGUUUGCGGGCCCUAAGCGUUUCCGAGGACCUCCAUGUACAGUAGAUCAACUCCCGAAAAUAGACGCAGUGGUGAUCAGCCAUAACCAUUAUGAUCAUCUGGACUACCACACCGUAAUGAGUUUAAAUAGUCGCUUUGGCAGCGACCUGAGAUGGUUUGUGCCCCUGGGUCUCUUGGACUGGAUGCAGAAAUGCGGCUGUGAGAAUGUAAUUGAACUGGACUGGUGGGGAGAAAACUGUGUUCCUGGUCAUGAUGCUGUUACCUUUGUAUUUACGCCUGCUCAACAUUGGUCCAAGAGGACUGCAACAGAUGACAACAAAGUUCUCUGGGGAAGCUGGUCUGUCUUGGGACCCUGGAAUAGGUUCUUUUUUGCAGGAGAUACUGGCUAUUGUGUUGCAUUUGAAGAGAUAGGGAAGCGAUUUGGACCUUUCGAUCUUGCAGCUAUUCCUAUUGGAGCAUAUGAACCAAGGUGGUUUAUGAAAUACCAGCAUGUGGACCCUGAAGAAGCAGUAAGGAUUCACAUUGAUGUACAAGCGAAGAAGUCGGUGGGAAUUCACUGGGGGACCUUCACUUUAGCAAAUGAGUACUACUUGGAUCCUCCAGUUAAAUUAAAAGAAGCUCUUGAUAGAUAUGGAUUGAAAACAGAAGAUUUCUUCGUCUUAAACCAUGGAGAAUCACGAGACAUAAAUAUAAAUGAUGAUGGAUUUGAAGAAAAACCCAGUUUCUUAUGAAUAACAACUGAAAAAAGUUAAGUGAUAUUUUUGUAAAAUUUUAAAGCAUUUUAAAGAUUUCAGGUGUUUGUUUAAUGAUCUAACAAUCCCUAAAUCCUUGCAUACCAGCCUUAUAAAAUGGCAAGUUUUUAACGAAUGAAAUAACAACUCUGGAUGGCAUUAAUCUAGCUACAAAUGCACUGUAAAUAAGCAGUUAAUUACAUUGCCUGUGAAGUUUUAUCUUUUUAAAAUUGUUAAUUUGUUAUAGCAUUACCAGUACAGGUCAGCUGCUGGGAAUUAACUACUUAGGCUACUAUCCAGAAGACCGAACAUGGCAUGCACACUCAUUGGUUCUUGGCACAGCAGUUCCCCAGAUAAGUGUUUUAAGCCUCUUUACCCCCAGUUUAAAAAGUGGAUUUCUAGUUCAGUGCUGGGGGAAUUACACUGAAAAACAAGGUGAAAGCCUCACAUGCAUAUGUGGAUGUAGAUGUGGAGACUGUAGCUUCCUGGCAGAGAAAGUGAACUGUAUAUAUAAAUCGGUUUCUGCAUGCAUUUGACCCCCAAGCCUGUUGUAGCAAAUGUGUGAGAUUUCCCACAACAGCACCCUGGGUUGCAUGUGCAGAUGGGUGUGAGCUUCAGUACAGGGACCCAUAUGCACACUAGCCCAUUGCAUACAUUGCAGUGCUUAAGGAACUGCUUCAUGCCUAAUGUGAGGAAGCAGAGUCGAGGUACUCCUUCACCCUCUCCCAGCAAUCAUCUGAUCAGCAGGAGCAUAGGGGAAGGUGUCCAUUCUCAGUAGCAUGAGAAUGCAAAACAGAACAUUUCAUUUCUACCCAAGAUUAUGGUACCUGUGUGUUCAUAGCUGGAUACUGGAUAGCAGCCUUGUACAUGAAUUAAAGCAUUUCCUUGGAAAUAAAUUGCACUGAAAUCUGAGAGAUUUUGGUAGCUGUGAUUAGGAUCACAGCUUUCAUUUGGGAUCUGCCAUCCUGUAAAACAGGCCAUUGUCCUAGCCUAUGCAUAUUUACUCAGACAUGAAGCCUACAUCAAUAGUAUUUAUGUUCUAGUAAGUGUGGUUAGCCUUGCAUACUGAAGUUGACAAAAUACAGGUUACCAUGGCUUGGGCUGGUUUUUAUAUUAGGCUGCAAUCUGAAAAGCCACACCAUAUUAGUCUAAUUAAAGGCAAUAACACUAGCAGUAAUUUUGAGUUUUACAAUCAACAUAGUAGUCACCCUGAGUAAAAUAAAUGUUUUGAACAUUGUAGCCUUAGUGUGAAUUAGUCCUUGGACCAUUAUCUCCCGUGAGCAGAAUAUUCACCCAGAGGGUGUGCCCUGUGCCUUCAUAGCUGUUGAAAUGAUAGGAUUUUUGAGAUGGAGUCUUCCAACAUAAUUGUUACUAAAGCACAUUGUAAACAAAAUUCUGAUAUUACUGAAUGCUUGUAUUUCUUGAUUUGCAAAUAUAAGAGCCAAGUUUUGAAAUGAUCUAAUGAAAUGUGCCUUUUUAAAGACUUCUAUUAAAAAAAUAGCCUAUUUUACUGCUGGCCAGAAUUUCUGUAGACUUGCAUUGUAUCGUCACUGUGAAUUUGCUCUUUAUCAUAGGCCUGAAUACUUCAAUUGUUUGAAAAUUUGAUUGGCAAGUACUUUGUGUAACUAAACCAUCAGUUUGUUGUUCUCUGAAAUCUUUAUUCAGCUUAUUUUGUUUCUGUUUCCAUUGCCAACUGUGAGGUCUAAACAAACAGUUUUAGCAGAAUUAUGUGGAAAAACAUGUACAGACUGCUUAUUGAACUGAAAGCAUGAUAUGAUUAUGGAUUUGUAAAAAAUGGCCAAAUGUACCUGUGUCAAACUGCCAUGCUAAUUUACAAAAUAAAGUGUUCUUGCUCUGAAGUA